GUUUAAGAAGUAGUGUGUGCAUCUUAAUUCGUAACGACAUUUGCAUGCCACAUCUUUUGUCGUUUCUAAUUGUUGCUCUGAUUCUGAUUCUGAUUACUUAUCCAACUUCAUCAAAUAAUUGACGCAUCUUUUCCGUUCCAAUGUCUCCCCCAUCCGUCGAUCAAGGUAACGCCGAUCCAGAGGAAGAAGAAGAAGAAGAAGUAGAAGAAGAAGUAGAAGAGGAGGUAGAGGAGGAAGAAGAAGAGGAAGAGGAGGAAGAAGAAGAAGAAGAUGUACAGGAAGAGGAAGAGGAAGAGGAGGAAGAAGAGGUAGAGGUAGAGGUAGAAGAAGAGGUAGAAGAAGGAGAAGAAGAGGAGGAGGUAGAGGAAGAAGAAGAGGAGCCAGAAAACGACGGUGAUGAUAAAGGCUACGCCUCAGAUUCUGUAUCCGAUGCCGACAACGAUCGCAUAGAUUCAUGCCAACAAAUGGAAUCUGAAGUACAAGAGAGGAACUUGAGGCCAACUUAUACUAUGGCGGAAAACCCUAUAGUAAUGUCUUCUCCUAGUAUGCCAUCCAAUGAAGAGAAUCAUGCCAUUCUCAAAGCAUCUAGUCCUUCAUCUGAGGAACUAAGUUUUAAAAAGGAAGACGUUCACGCAACACGCGAAAUUUCAAGUCAUCCCAAAUCAGUAAAUGAUUUUGCUUCCGCUAAAGAUGGCAAAAGUCAAGUUUUAGACUCCAGCCAACAGAUGAAAUCUGAGGGACUAGGGGGGGACUUGAGGCCAGCUUCUACCGUGGCAGAAAACCCUGUAAUAAAGCCUUCUCCUAGUCUGUGUUCCAAAGAAGAGAAUUGUGUCAUUCUCAAAGCAUGUGUUGUUUCUGCUCCUUCAUCUGACACGCUAGCUUUGAAAAAGGAACAAGUUUUCCCAACUCCAAAAAUUUCAAAUUCUUGUCAUCCCAAAUCAGUUAAAGACUUGGCCCCAGCAGAUGAUGGCAAAAAUCAAGUUUUAGAUGUUGAUGGUGCAAAUACUGGAAUUGUUCAACUAACAUACAAUGUUGGAGGGUGCAAUGAACCAAGUAACGAUAGCAAAGCUGAUUUAGGUGGUGUUAAGGAUAUGGAUUCUGGGGCCACCAAGUUGUCUAGUAACAUUGGAAAAGACAUCGCUAUUGGCCUUCCUCAAACGGAUGCCUUUGUUGGGAGUGCCAAUGGCAGUCAGAAUUCCUUGAAAAGAACUGUACCAUUGGAAGUAGAAUCAAAGGAUGAUGUAAAACAAAUCAAAUCAAGGACUAUAGUUCCGUCUUCGAAUACUGAGAUGAAGGAUGGAAACAAACACCAGGGAAUUAUAUGUGCCUUUUUUGCUAAAGGGUGGUGCAUCAGAGGUAAUUCCUGUAGCUUUCUUCAUAUAAAAGAUUCUGCAAAGGAUACUGGCCAGGAGACUCAGGGGGACUUGGAUAAAGCAAAGCAGAAGAGAGAACUGGAAUUAGAAGAAGGUACCAGGGACAAUAUCAAAAGAACCAGGACGAAUGACCAAGAAGAAAUCUCAGACUGGCAUCCUUGUCAAGAAAAAAAUAAGUACCAGUUGAGGGACAUCUUGUUUCCAGAGAGUAGAUUUACAAGCAAAUAUUUCAACACAAAUCUCUCAUCCUAUUCAAAUCAUGCAGCGGGAUUGAGUAUAGCUCAAAACCAUCAUAUGUACAAUGGAUAUACUUCUGCAGUUUUGAGUCGUUCACCUAAGUUGAGCUUUGUUACUCAGAAACUUUUGAAUAGUGACAAAGAAUAUAAUGCCUCUAGAUCUGCUUUCUCUGGCUCAGAGCGGGAGGAGUUGCCAUCGGUUGGUUCAUCUAGGAUUCCAAUACACUCUGCCGCAUAUAUAUCAAAAAUAUGUUCUUAUGAUUGGGAACCUUCUGUGCCAUUUCGACCAUCAUUUUUCAUUACGUCAAUGAAUGUAUCAUCUCUGGGAGACCUGUAUGACCCUCUUCGAGAUAGCAUUGAGAUACCAAAUAUAGGAGAUGGGUCUUUGAAAGCUUCCCUCUUAAUUCAUGGAUCAUCCAUCCAGGCUUCAUCACAGGUGCUGAAAUAUGGCGAUUCAGCUGUAGUUGGGAAACAUAUGUCUGAUUUUAAUGAUGAGAAAAGUUCCGUAUCUUCUCAUAAUAGAUUUGGUGAGAACCAACCAAACAAAAAUUUGGUUCCUCAUGAAAAAGAUUGUCAUGCAACUGAAAUGGAAAUAACAUCAGGGACUUGUAUGAACUACCCCAAUGGUAAAAUCGGCAUGGGGAAAGAUGUUACAAAAUCAGAGAGAGAAUGGACUGAACAUGAUGCCAAACAUCAUGGUGAAGGAUCAGCGCACAAGAAGAGAGUAGAUAGGGAUAAGAAAAUUAAUGAUACAGAUGCCGAUUUGCAGACUGACUGCAGUGUGCAGAAGGAUUCCAAAGCAAUGAGACACUUUCGUGCAGCUCUUGUUGACUUGGUGAAAGAGUUGUUAAAACCAUCUUGGCACGAGGGCCGUCUUAGUAAGGAUGCACAUAUCUUGAUAGUUAAAAGAUCAGUUGACAAGAUACUCAGCACCUUAGAGCCUCAGCAAAUUCCAACCACUAUAGAUGCUACUAAGCAAUAUGUUUCUUUGUAUCGUGGAAAAAUUGCAAAGAUGGUCAAUGGAUAUAUCAACAAAUUUGGCAAGUCUUGAUAUGCUAGGCCCAAACACCUUUGUUGUACAGUUUCUUAUCAGUUUGGCUGAUACUAAUUCAAAACUUCUGCUUGAGGCUAUCUGUUUCAUAGUAAAGGUUGAUUUGGAAUGUUUUGAAUUUUCUAAGAUGUUUGUUUGAAAUAUAUAUCAUGCUUUUCUUGCUUGUUGCAUUCUGAAGUA